AGAGAUACUUCUGUUCUCUACACCAUUACUCUUAUCCACAUGACAUUGUCCAAACUCAAAAACCUUUGUUCAAUUGCAACUUCUUGCACCACACAGUACUGAACACAGAGCUAAUAGUUGUUGUUGGUUCCUCCAAACCAACACGUUACAAAUUCAAAGAAACUCAAAGCCAUGGCAUGUUCUUCAUUCACAUUUGCCAAUCCAUCAUCAAUUCCUAGACUGAGAAAUUCACUUUCUUCUUCUUCUAUAAGCCCGAGAGCUAUGGCCAAAGAGCUUUACUUCAACCACGACGGUUCAGCCACGAAAAAGCUGUUGGCAGGAGUGGACAUGGUGGCUGAGCUGCUUGGUGUGACAUUGGGUCCAAAGGGGAGAAAUGUUGUGCUGCCAAAUAAGUAUGGACCACCCAAGAUAGUAAAUGAUGGAGAAACUGUUCUCAAGGAGAUUGAAUUGGAAGAUCCGUUGGAAAAUGUUGGAGUUAAAUUGGUGAGACAAGCUGGUGCUAAAACGAAUGACCAAGCUGGUGAUGGCUCAACUACAUCUGUUGUUCUUGCUCGUGGCUUAAUCAGAGAGGGGACAAAGGUUAUUGCAGCUGGAAUGAAUCCUGUUCAAAUUGCUCGUGGGAUUGAGAAGACAGCAGCGGCACUUGUUUCUGAACUCAGAUUGAUGUCAAGAGAAGUUGAGGAUCAUGAACUUGCAGAUGUUGCUGCAGUCAGUGCUGGGAAUGAUUAUUCAGUUGGAAACAUGAUUUCUGAGGCUCUGCAUAAAGUAGGUAGAAUGGGAGUAGUGACAAUUGAAACCGGAAGGAGUACUGAGAAUUGUCUAGAGAUUGUGGAAGGGAUGCAAUUCGAUCGUGGAUAUCUGUCACCAUACUUUGUCAACAAUAGAAGAAAGAUGACAGUUGAACUCCACAACUGCAAGUUGCUUUUGGUUGACAAGAAAAUCACAAAAACAAAGGAAUUGAUCAACAUAUUGAACAAUUCUGCAAAAGAAAAGUAUCCUGUUUUGAUAGUUGCAGAAGGCAUUGAACAAGAAGCUCUUGCUCCAGUCAUCAAAAAUAAACUUCGGGGUGCUCUUAAGGUAGCUGCCAUUAAGGCUCCUGCCUUUGGUGAACGCAAGACACAUUACUUGGAAGAUAUUGCCAUCUUGACUGGAGGUACUGUAAUCAGAGAAGAUAUGGGUUUCACCCUAGAAAAGGCUCACAAGAAUGAUCUGGGUUCUGCUACUAAGGUUGUCAUAACAAAGAAUUCUACCUUAAUAGUUACUGAUGGGAGUACUCGAGAAGCUGUUGAGAAGAGGGUUCAUCAACUUAGGAGGCUUGUUGAGAAUACUGUAGAAAAUUUCCAAAAGAAUAUAUUGAAUGAAAGGAUAGCAAGGUUAUCUGGGGGCAUUGCUAUUCUUCAGGUAGGAGCACAAACACAAGUAGAGUUGAAGGAUAAACAGUUAAGAGUAGAAGAUGCUCUAAAUGCAACCAAGGCUGCAAUCGAGGAAGGUGUAGUGGUCGGUGGUGGCUGUAGCCUUUUAAGACUAUCUCAAAAGGUGGAUGGCAUAAAAAAACUACUGGACAAUGAAGAACAACAGAUUGGUGCUGAAAUCUUCAGGAGAGCAUUGAGCUAUCCUACAAGAAUGAUAGCGAAGAAUGCUGGUUUAAACGGCAAUGUCAUCAUAGAUAAGGUUUUAUCAGACAAUAACAUGAAUUUUGGUUACAAUGCUGCUAGAGACAGUUACGAGGAUCUCAUGAAGGCUGGGAUCAUGGAUCCAACAAAGGUAGUUAGGUGUUGUAUAGAGCAUUCAGCUUCUGUGGCCAAGGCAUUUCUAACAUCUAAUGCAGUAGUCGUUGAGCGCAAGGAAUUAGAGCCAAUACCGAUGCCACGAAGAAAGUCUAUGCCCAUGCCCACCUCAGGUAAUGAAUUAGAGCCAAUGUCCAUACCACGAAGAAAGCCCAUGUCCAUGCCCAUGGCUACCCCAGGUUUAGGACCCAUGGGAUUUUAGAAAGAGAAAGUUGUACAGUUCAAUUCAAUUCAGCUUUUAGAAUCCUGCUUUUGCUUAAGGUCCAAGGGUUCAGUGUGAUCAAUCAAGAAGCACUAGAAAUCCACAUAUAUACUUUGUACAGAUGGUGGCAUUGAUCUAUCCUAAGAACCAUAAAUGAAGUUAAUCAAAAUUAAAUUGGAUUUGACUACGUACGUGAAGGACACUGUCAAGGGGAAGUACUCAACAUGUAUGCAGCAGAUGGAAGAUUUUGCUUCAUUCAGUGAUUACUGAGCCCAAUUCAUUUUUUUAUUGGUAAACAGUGUUGAAUUCUGAUGUUGGAAUGGUGGAUGUUAAAAAAAUAUUGUAAUUGUUGGAGGGAAUAUAAAACUUGUCAUUUGUGUUAUAGAAUAUUACAUAUAAAGCAAUUUAAAUGAUUUAUGAAUCA